GUCCACUGUUUAAUGGCAGUAAAGUAACCCACGAAUAUGCCGCUAAUAUGGGCAUGAUAUGUGUCGUACCCUGCAUACCCCUGUAAUACCACUCCGGUCCACUCCGUUUCACUGACACUUACCAUUGGGGGAGGGUUGGGGUGGUCCAUUUUAUCCAACUAGAGACCAGACCCACCUCGUCCUAACCCGAAAUAAAAUAAAGUAUGGAUGCCAGAGAACAUCUGUACAAAGUGCUUGUUAUUGGAGAAUAUGGUGUUGGGAAGACGUCGAUUAUUCGGAGAUACACUGAAGGCUUCUUCUCACCGAAUUACAAGCUCACUAUAGGAGUUGAUUUUGCUUUGAAAGUCAUAUACUGGGAUGAAAUGACAAAGAUUAAUCUACAGCUUUGGGAUGUUGCUGGUCACGAGAGAUUUGGUCACAUGACAAGAGUUUAUUAUAAAUAUGCAAUUGCUGCUAUCAUUGUUUUUGAUUUAUCAAGACCAGCUACUUUUGAAGCAGUUUUAAAGUGGCAUUGGGAUGUGAAUCAAAAAGUGAUGCUUACCAAUGAGAAGCCAAUUCCUGUGCUUUUGCUGGCAAACAAAUGUGAUCUGGAAGAGUAUACAUAUGAUGAGAACCAAUUGAAUCAGUUUUGCCAAGAACAUGGAUUUAUAGGCUGGUUCCCAACAUCAGCUAAAGAAGACAAAAAUAUAGAUGAAUCAAUGCGUCUGCUUGUGCAAGCCAUCCUCAGUUUAUCUGGUGAAAGUGAAAAGCCAGACCUGGAGGACUGUAUUGCUCUACAAGGUAGAGCAUUACAACCUUCACCUUUGACUUCAUCUGCAUCAGGUUAUAUGGUGGACUUUUCAAGCAAGUUUCAGACUGAUGAAACUUAUUCUCAAGCUGUACCUCAAUCUAAACAAAACAAGUGUUGUCCUGGCUAGCUUAUUUAAUUGCAAGGCACCAGAUGGAGGGCUACCAUGUUAGCAAUGGAGUGCAUGGCAAGUACAAAGUACAUGAGAGCUGAAGUGUUGCUGACCCUUACCAAUGUAAAAUAUUAUUCAGCAUGUUAUGAUAAAUCCUCUGACAUUCCCUGUCACCCACCUAAGCCCUCCCGUUUAGAGCAAAUAAUUAUCAAGCUUCCCCCCACUUCUCUUCUUUUUGUUCACAACCAAGACAUGACUGCAGUACCAAUGCGUUUCUUUACUAUAUCAUGCUCAGGCACAAAUCCAUAUACAGUGCUUGCCAGCUUGGGAAAUGUUACUUGUCUGCUAAA